AUGACGUCGAUACAAGAACUAAUCAACCUACAAACUACCACCGGUGAAACAAUCCAACGUGUAGUACGCAACGAUCUAGCUGAUAGAAAAGGCAGAGCAUCCUACUAUCAUGAGAGACAUCGUAUGCUCUCUGACCUAUGGAAUGCAUUCGAAACAACCGCCAUCUCAAAGGUCGAUACAGAAGCUGCCAAUCAUGAGGCACUAAAUGAUGUCAUUGAACGCUUAUGGCGAAUGGAUGACGAUGGACUAUGUGACAAGAGUCUAUCACAAGAUGAACAACAAUGCGAGGCACAUUUAAUUCAAAAUGUGCAAACUAACAACGACAAUCGGUUCAUGGUAAAACUACCUUUUCGUGAAGACUCAUCCGCAUUGGGAGAAUCAAAAGAAAUGGCUCAUAGAAGAUUCAUCGCGCUUGAACGACGGCUACUUAAAGAUUCAUCCACUAGAACACAAUACAUUAAGUUCAUGGAAGAAUACGAACAGAUGGGACACAUGACGGAAACAAAUAUUAAUUCCGUAUUGACACCCAAUUAUUUCAUUCCACAUCAUUGUGUGCUAAAACCGGAUAGCACAACUACAAAGUUGCGACCAGUUUUUGACGCUUCAGCCAAAACCUCAACUGGCUACUCGCUCAACGAUCUAAUGUACACUGGACCAACAGUUCAAAGCGAACUGUUUUCAAUACUGGUUCGGUUCCGAUUGCCAAGAUUCGUUUUCACUACAGACAUCGAGAAGAUGUAUCGACAAAUAAUGGUGCAUCCAGAUGACAGAAGAUAUCAGAUCAUUCUUUGGAGAACGGAUCCAUCAGUACCCAUCAAAUAUUAUCAGCUAAACACAGUUACUUAUGGCACACGAGCUGCCCCAUACUUAGCCACGAGAUGCCUUCAGAAGGUCGCCCACGAAAAUGAAAUCAGUUUUCCGUUAGGCGCCCAGAUACUAAAGGACAAUUUUUAUGUGGACGACGGGCUUGCAGGAUCAAACAGUCUGACAACUGCGAUAGAAUCACAAUGA